ACGAAAUCUUUCUCUUCCAGUCUUUGAUUUAGUCUUCCUUUCUUCUUUCUCUCUCUUUUUUUCUUUCGUUUCCAUUCCCAAAACCACAUUUCUGAUCUCUAUUUUUUGCCCCUUUUUCCCUUCAUUUUGCUCACACCCCUCCACGCUUUGUACUAUUUUUCUCUUUUUCUUAUGAAAUUUCGUCUACACUGUCUCCUAUGCUUUGCUAAAAUUUCCACCAUUUUUGCUGCUCAGUCUGCCUACUACUUUUAGCUUUCUCACUCUUCAUUUUUCUGUAAAAAUCUGCGACCUUUUAGGGUUUUGACUGUGUUUUCCUGAUCAGGAUACGAAGAAGACUAUAUUUUCGUAAUGGGAAGGGGAAAGAUUGAGAUCAAGCGCAUAGAGAACACAACUAAUAGGCAGGUGACCUUUUGCAAACGGCGCAAUGGGCUACUCAAGAAAGCCUAUGAAUUAUCUGUUCUCUGUGAUGCUGAAGUUGCACUUAUUGUCUUUUCAAGUCGAGGUCGACUGUACGAAUAUGCAAAUAACAGCGUGAAAACAACAAUUGAUAGGUACAAGAAGGCAUGCGCUGAUAGCUCUCACUCCGGAACUGUUUCAGAGGCCAAUUCUCAAUAUUACCAACAAGAAGCUGCAAAACUUCGCAAUCAAAUCCAGGUUUUAACGAAUACAAACAGGCAGUUGAUGGGUGACUCCGUUGGUUCAAUGACUGUUAAGGAGCUCAGGACAUUGGAGAACAAAUUGGAAAAGGGAAUUAGUAAAAUUAGAUCAAAAAAGAAUGAGCUACUAUUCGCUGAAAUCGACUACAUGCAGAAUCGGGAACUUGAACUACAGAAAGACAACAUGCUUCUCCGAGCUAAGAGGGGGUUGUGUGCAUAUCAGAUAGCUGAAAAUGAAAGGGCACAACACAUGAACAUGUUGCCAGGGCCAGAAUAUGAUGUAUUGCCACCAUUUGACUCUCGGAACUACCUCCAAGUUAACCUAUUAGAACCGAACCAUCAUAACUACUCACAUCAGGAGCAAACAGCACUUCAACUCGGGUUUAUGUUGAGGAACCUGCUAAUUCAUCAAUACAUUUCUUAACCAGAUCAGAUAGCAUGACAAAUACAUGUUGAUGAAGCACAUUUUUAAUUUCACUAUGUACAAAAAAUAGCAAUCUAUUGCUUUUUUGAGCAUCAAGUAAAAGCUGAAGAGACUAUACUAGAACAUAAAAUGUAGUACUCAGUUCAUUUGAUUGCGAAUAUGACAAUCCAUAAUCCAAUGUACCUUUUUAAAUAUGAGAAAUUCUUUGUUACCUUCAAAUAGUUUUAAUGGGAGUUUUCAUAUAUCAACUUAUCAAAUCAACUCCAUUCAAUAUAUAUAAUUGAGUCAAACAGCACAAACCAAAGUUUUGAAGUAAGUAGAAUCAACUCUAGAAUCAUCAUAUCUACCAUUCAACUCGUAUUCAACUGCAGUAGUCACUGAAUUACAAUUUGGCAUUUUAAACACUUUAAUUUAUCAAAAUUUCGAGUAGUCAUCAAAAGUUACGUCUCCGCUCACCAAAUCAUCAAAUUCUACAAAUAUAUUUCUUCUUUUUUUUACUACAUGUCGGGUUGCUAGUCCACCUUUCGAGAAACCAUGAAUUGCUUUCUCUAUUUCAGCUCAUAUGCAUACCAACAACAAGGUUAUUGCUACUCCAUCCAAAUUUUCUGUAAAGUUCACUUGUUCUCCUACUUCGUUGAGCUCUUAAAUCUUCAAUUGGAACUAAAGUGCCCUAAUUUCUUAUCAUUAAAACAUUGAACACUAGUCCUUUCAUAUCUGUGCCGAUUGAAUUGUCUGCUCAAAUUUCUACUGCCUUGGCCCCUUAUGGUUUACCUCAUUUGCCCUCUACUACUUUCGGUGUUAAAGUUGCCAGUUCUUCAGCCACCUGUGCAAGAUUGCAACCUCCUCGUCACCUUCCUCUAACACUGGCUCCCCACCCCCUCCACCCUUCUAUCAAGCACUUACUCGAGACAAUUAUUUAUCUUCUUGAUCAUUCUCGGUCAAUUCCUAUGAAUACAUUUUGUAUGAUCUCCCAUGCUUGUUUCGUGGUGGUGCUAAAGAUAACCUUUUCAAAGGUGGUUUUACGUACGCCAUGAUUAAUUAGGAAAAUGGCUUUCUUAUCUGCUUCCCUUGACUCUUGUAAGGUAUUCUUUUGAUUAUUUGG